UUAUGAACUGCAUCCCCGCCCCCUGCUUGUGCAGCGCGCAGCACCGCAAUCCGAUGCCCGCUGUGUCCUCUGAUCGUUGUACGAGACCUCUGUGCAAGGACCCAAUCAUGUGAUCACUGAUUGGCCAAUCAGUGAUCACUACGUGUUAAAUCUGUGAAUGAUCAGAGGUCGCAUGGUACAAGGCUAUUCACAACAGCAUUGUACCAUGUGUCAAGCUGUGACCAAUCACAGCUCACACAGUA